CUGGUCGCAGGGCUGGCAACCACCUGUGGAGCUCUCCCUCCACAAGCUGCGUGGGCAAGAUGUGCUGGCUGCUCCUUUGGGGAGUCCUCCAUACCUGUCCUACACAGGCCUCUGUACUCUUGGCCCAGCAACUACCACAGCAAGUGACGUCCCCCGGAUACCCAGAGCCGUAUCUCAAAGGCCAGGAGAGCCACACUGAUAUCGAGGCUCCAGAGGGGUUUGCCGUGAGGCUUGUCUUCCAGGACUUUGAUCUGGAGCCAUCCCAAGACUGUGAAGGGGACUCUGUCACAAUUUCAACCAGAGGAACAGAUGCAAUCCGGCUGUGCGGGCAGCACGGUUCCUCUCUGGAGAGCCCUCCUGCUCUCAGAGAGUUUGUGUCCUCAGGGAGGAGUUUGCGGCUGACCUUCCGGGCACACUCUUCACCCCAGAACAAGAUGACACACCUGCACAAGGGCUUCCUGGCUCUCUACCAAGCUGUAGCUGUGACCCAGCCCGAUGGGGACUCUGAGACUGUCACCACACCUGGAGCUGACCCUCCCAGGAUCCAGAACUGCUGCCAAGAUCUCUAUUAUGAGGCCAAACAGACUGGGACAUUCAGCUGUCCAUCCUUGGGGACUUGGAAGGACAGACAGGAUGGGGAGGAGGUUCCUCAAUGUGAGACAGUCUGUGGAAGACCCGUCAUCCCCAUUGUCCAGAACCCGAAGACUUUUGGUUCUUCCCCAGCUAAGCUGGGCAACUUCCCUUGGCAAGCCUUCACCAGUAUUUACGGUCGUGGGGGCGGAGCCCUGCUGGGUGACAGAUGGAUCCUGACUGCUGCCCAUACCAUUUACCCCAAGGACAGCGUCUAUCUCAGAAAGAACCAGAGUGUGGAAGUGUUUCUCGGUCACACAGACAUAGGCGAGCUGCUGAAACUAGGGAACCAUCCUGUCCGGAGGGUCGUGGUUCACCCAGACUACCGCCAGUAUGAGUCCCACAACUUCAACGGGGACAUUGCCCUCCUUGAGCUUCAGCACAGUGUCCCCCUGGGCCCCAACGUCCUCCCAAUCUGUCUGCCUGACAAUGAGACCCUCUACCACAGCGGCCUGUGGGGCUAUGUCAGUGGGUUUGGUGUGGAGAUGGGCUGGUUAACGACAAAGCUGAAAUACUCAAAGCUGCCUGUAGCUCCCAGGGAGGCCUGUGAAGCCUGGCUCCGCCAGAGGCAGCGGACUGAGGUGUUUUCUGAGAACAUGUUCUGUGUUGGGGACGAGACUCAGAUGAAUAGUGUCUGCCAAGGGGACAGUGGCAGCGUCUUCGUGGUGUGGGACAAUCGUACUCUUCAUUGGGUGGCCACAGGCAUUGUAUCCUGGGGCGUCGGGUGUGGUAAGGGGUAUGGCUUCUACACCAAAGUACUCAACUAUGUGGGUUGGAUCAAGACGGUAAUGGAAGGUAAAGAUUGACCCCAGGGGACCUGAGCAGUGGACCAGCACUGUGGAGGUCCGAGGAUCCACUUAGGGUCAGGGAACCGUAUUUAAGUCACUGAUUCUUCAAACCACCACCCAAGAGGAAGCCUCCUCCCCUGAACCUACACCAUCCCAAAUCAGCAGCACCACCCACUGUCCCUUCUCACCUUCAGUUUUCCCGGGCUUUGUACCAGGGUAGCCUGCACAUAUGGCUAAGCAACGUUUGCUUAGAACAUCAUUUUGUUUGUUCAAGGCAGGAUUUCACCCAGGCUGGCCUCAAACUCGUGACAGUGAUUCGGCUUCCGCCACCCAAACACUGGGAUUCCAAGCAUGCACAGAUAAACCUGGCAGUGUCACCGCGUGUGUCUUUUCGAAUCCCCUACCUCAACUAUUGACGGUUUUUUCUGCACUUACUUAUGGAAUAGCAAUCGUCUCGUCUUCUGUCCAGACGGAGUGUGAACGAAUGGGUUUUAAUUGCACUGUGUCUCAGAAAUACUCCAGAGACCCUUAUGUGGACCAUCAAACAUGCGACACCGUUGGCUUCAGCACCUACCACAAGUACACGCAAUGAAAUGAUACCUCCUUCUUCACCCUCUGUCCACUGUGUGCCAAGGCCAUCACCUGUUAUCCACCUAAUCCAGGCACGGCGCUGGCAAAGGGUGCAUUAACCAUCGUCCAUGUCUCACAAUGAAGAAACUGAAGCUCAGAAAGACACGGUGGCUUGCGGAAGUGCCACAGCUGGUUCUUGGUUGAGGCUGCAUCCCUCCCAGCAUGCUCUCUGCUGCAUCCCUCCCAGCAUGCUCUCAGGGAUACCUCUCUGCUGCCCUGGAGACCUACCUCAUCAUCCAUGCCCCCUUCUGAUCCCCCCAGCUUUACAGACCCCGUCCCUGGGGAAGACCUGCUUCGGCGAAGGUAAAAUCAUCAGUUCACACACGUUCCUGAGGCCCCCAUCACCAAGGGCACUGCCAGCCUGAGAAGAUGAACUCUUUAAUUUGUAGGAAAGAUUUGGGGUGACUUGCAGUGAAAGACAAAAAUAAAAUGCCAGAGUUUGGCGAGAAUAGAGGAUGGGUAGCGUAAAAGAGAAGGAAGGA